CAUCGCCGCUCAUAUUCCUCCAGGACAUGGCUAGAUAACCCUACUUCAUUACCCUCUUUGUUCAUACACAUCAGUCUCGUUCAAAUCGGGUUUGUCCCAUGGGUCACUAUCUAUGUUAUGCUAGUCUAAAAGGCAAGGCGACUGAUCAUGUCUACUGCACAACCUGAUUCAAAUCAAUCUCCGCGUGAUACGAAAGAGCGCGGCGGCCAUCCGAAAAAGGAUGACUGACCGCUGAAGUGUGUGAAAAACAGAACUCAGUCGUGAUGAAUCCAGCGUCUCUUAUAUACUGAGUCGUAUCUUAUCUGCCCCCCUGUACUGAUUCUCUAUCUUAUCUUGUCGCACCCGGUUAUCUCCUCACCAUGCUCUUCAAGCGCAAACACUCUUCCGAGCUAUCAACAACAGCAGGCAUUGACACAUUACCCAAUGAACUAUUACUGCGUGUCUUAACACACCUGCCUACUCCUGACUUACUUCACCUCGCCAAGCUCAACCGUCGUUUCUAUCAUCUUUCGGCCAAGACGCUUGUCUUGAGACUCGCCGCUCGCCCCGACGCUCUUCGUCUUCGAGCCCACUUUGAGCAAGAGUCAAGAUGGAAAUUCUCUGUAGACAUGCAACUGACUGCCAUUGAUGAAACGGGUCGCUUCAAGUUCGCUCCUAUUCAACCUAUGGCUAUGAGAUUGUUUGAAUCCAAGAUGCUACGCUCUCCCACCAUGCACAAGCUCAGCAUCAUAGGCACCGAUUUUGAUGGUUUGUCAUUGAACGUACCAGAGAGUCUUAUUCCCAAGAGCCAAACUCUACCUCUCAAAGAACUUGGCCAACAUCGCAUCACAUCCACUUAUAACCGCCUGGUCGCCAAUGUUGCCAGUACGCAAACAGCCCUCGUUUACAACGUUACCAAGACACCUGAGGAGUUCACCAAAGUGCGGUCUGGUGAACGUUGGGUUACACCAAUAUUAUUUGAAUGUCCAAUGAUAUUCUUGUGUCAAGCUAGACCUGGCAUCACUAAGAUGAUGGAUAAAUUGAAUGCUCGCCCAGUUGGACGAGGCAUCGAUGGAAGACACUCAACUCAAUCCAUGAAGACACCCAUGUCCUCAGCAAGAGGUGGUGUGGAAGAGUCUAUGCUCUUGCCUUCUCGGCCAACUCAUGCCAAGGCCACUGAACCCAUGGUUGGAGGCUUGCUCUUAGCUGCCCACUAAGUUUCACCGAAACAAACCAGCCUAUGGGCUAUUUUCAUGUAUAUACCCACCCCCCCCCCCCACAUACCAAAUCACUCAUCUUGUAAACACUACAUCUAUUUUACUACGUAUGCCUUCUAAUCAUAAUGAUGGACUUAAUCCAAAGGAAUAAAUUUCUACCUCCUAUUCCAAA